UCUGCGCCUGUGCCGAAUUCCCGCUGCAAGUGUUGUGGGGGAAAUGAUGCCCAGGUUGGGCAUCCUGGCCCGCUGGCCCCGGGGAGGCCUGUACUGCACACGCGCAGACCGAGCACCCGCGUCAAAAGACGAAGAGAACGAGCGCUCCCCAGGUCCUGCGCGUCCGGCUGCCAGGCUUUCGUCUGUGCAGUGACGCUCGCCGAGCCGCGCUGGCGCGCCCACGUCUGAAGAGCGAUGCCCCGGGAGAUCAUCACCCUGCAGCUGGGCCAGUGCGGCAACCAGAUUGGGUUCGAGUUCUGGAAACAACUGUGUGCUGAGCAUGGUAUCAGCCCCGAGGGCAUCGUGGAGGAAUUUGCCACCGAAGGCACUGACCGCAAGGACGUCUUUUUCUACCAGGCAGACGAUGAGCACUACAUCCCCAGGGCUGUGUUGCUGGACCUGGAGCCCCGGGUGAUCCACUCCAUCCUCAACUCCCCCUAUGCCAAGCUCUACAACCCAGAGAACAUCUACCUGUCGGAGCAUGGAGGAGGAGCUGGCAACAACUGGGCCAGCGGAUUCUCUCAGGGUGAGAAAAUCCAUGAAGACAUUUUUGACAUCAUAGACAGAGAAGCAGAUGGAAGUGACAGCCUAGAGGGCUUUGUGCUGUGUCACUCCAUUGCUGGGGGGACGGGUUCUGGCCUGGGCUCCUACCUCCUGGAGCGACUAAAUGACAGGCCUGCUGCAAGCCCUUUGAGUCAUAGGUAGGAACAGAGCCUGGCCACCCAGGGAACAUCUUGAAGCAGUAAUUCCUGGGAGGGAGGUUUGCCUAGGGAGAAGAGGGGACCCACACAUUUUGAUGCUUCAGGCUUAUCCUUUUUGGCUCCUGGGUUCUGAAGACAGUUCUGCCCUCACCCCUUUUGUACAAGAGCUGGGUGGCACUUGGAAAGGAAUGGCCCCUGUUAUCCCUAGAGAAAACAGAGAUGGCCAGUGAUGGGAGUCCUUCCAGCUCACUGUGCACCUUCCCCUGUCCCUCUUCCU